UGCUCUUCUUACGAACUAGUCACCUGCGCCGUGCGCGUGACGCCUCACAACAUGGCCAAUUCGAAUUACGGAGGCUAUACACGUUUCGAACUUGAACUCGAGUGCCUAUCCAACCCACUCUAUCUCAAUCACCUAGCAACUCAGAAGCUGCUGGAUGAUCCAGAGUUCAUCGCAUAUCUCUCCUACCUCCAGUACUUUGCGGAGCCGAAGUACAUCAAAUACCUGUCCUACCCGGGCCCUACUAUUCGAGCACUUGAACUUCUCCAACAGGAGAGAUUCAGAAAGGAUAUCCUGAUCCCAGAGACUGUCGCCAGGAUGGCAGAGGAGGGUCUCCAAGCCAGCACUGAUGGUCUCCGCCGCGACUGA